UGAAGUUAAAAUAGGCAAAUCCCAUAAGCCCAGCUUCUAUAUAGGUCUCCGACGAGUAUGAUGUUUUCUCUCUGAAUUCACAGGCAUUGCUUGCUGUGUGUGUCAAAACUUAACUGGAAGAUCUUCCUCUCCAGAAACUGCAUCAAAAUCUCAUGGAGAAGAUGCAGAGGACCAAAAAAAUUGAUCCCAAAACCCCAGUGGUAUCGAGCCAAAAGAAGAUAUUCGGGACCAACACACUGCAAAUCAACGGAGACGAUGCUUCAUGUUUGAUUGGUAGCAUUUUGGAGAAAGGUAUUUCUGAUAGCAAACAAACAAGCAAGCCCUUUUCUCCAAUCCCACCUCCGAGACCCACCGUCCUUCCUUUCCCAGUCGCACGCCACCGCUCUCAUGGACCUCAUUGGAACCCAUUAGAUAGUUUAAAGACGGACCAUAAUUGUGUGGGUGGUGAGGAUGAUGAGGAAGAAGAUGAAUUUGUCAACAGUAACUCAAUUUCUUCUUUUGCUAAUCCAGUAGAGAGAAAGCAGAAGAAAGGUUUGGACUUUAGCAAGUGGAAGGAGCUAAUCCGGGGUGAUUCAUCUAACACGACAAAGGAAGGAGAAGAAGAUAAGUCCAACAUAGGCAAGACUGAAAAGCAGAAGAAAAAUGUAGGAGGAGCAUUUAGAAUGACUGAAAAGAACAUAUCAUCUGAUCUAUCUAUUGCUGUGGUUCCCAUGGAAGUGGACGAUGAAGAGCAUUCAGAUUCUAGCAGCUUUGAUUCUGUUAUUCCAAAGGUGCCGAUAAAGGCUUCAGCUUCAACUAUGAUUUCCAGUUACAUAUCAACUGACUCUAGAAAUGAACAGGGAUCUGUAUCUCUUGAGAGUGAGAUUGAUGCUGAGAAUCGUGCUCAGCUAGCGAGAAUGUCGCCUGAAGAGAUUGCUGAAGCACAGGCUGAGAUAAUGGAGAAGAUGGAUCCUGCAUUAUUAAACUUACUGAGAAAGAGGGGCCGAGACAAACUGAAGAAGCAGACAUAUUCAAGUCCAAAAGUAGCCAGAAAUGAUGAAGUUCAUAAUGCACAAAGUGAGAUUCAAUCCAACAAUGCCAAUACUUCUUUAGGCUUAGAGCAUGAUAAUUCUCAGAUGACGACGUCAUGCCCCGCAAAAGACAAAAACAACAGGUUGAACAAUAAUUCACCGCAUAAUUCAGCGUCCACCACUGGUACUUUGUGGGAGGAAUGGAGUAAGAGGGUUGAGGCUGUUCGGAACUUAAGAUUUUCCUUGGUUGGUAGUGUUGUUGAAGAUGAUUUUGUCUCAACCUUUGACACAGGUGAACUUUCUCUUCACAAGGGGCCUAAUGCUGAUAAUGCUGCUGAGCGUGACUUCUUAAGAACCGAUGGGGACCCUGGUGCUGCAGGUUACACAAUCAAAGAAGCAGUAGCACUUUCUAGAAGUGCGGUUCCAGGACAAAGGGCCCUGGCAUUACAUCUCCUUCGGACUGUGCUUGGUAAAGCUAUACAAAAUAUUUGUCUAAAGCAAGUUGGGGAAUUCGUAAAUAAUGAUAAUAAAGUUGGAAAGGAUGUUGACUGGGUAGCUGUUUGGGCUUAUGCACUUGGCCCAGAACCUGAGCUCGUCUUAGCAUUAAGGAUAUGUCUUGAUGAUAACAACAACUCUGUUGUUCUAGCAUGUGCGAAAUUGAUCGACUGUAUACUGACCUGCAAUUUAAAUGAGGACGUGUUUGAUAUUUCAGAGAGAGGAGCAAUUCAUGGAAUGGAUUGCUUUACUGCCCCCGUGUUUCGAAGUAAACCAGAGAUCGAUGUUGGUUUCCUCCGUGGUGGAUAUUGGAAGUACAAUACAAAACCUUCUAAUAUACUUACUUUUACUGAGGAUACUGUAGAUGAUGAAACAGAAGGCAAGCAUACAGUUCAGGAUGAUGUUGUUGUUGCUGGGCAAGAUGUUGCUGCAGGCUUGGUUAGAAUGGGAGUCCUCCCAAGAAUUUGCUAUCUUUUGGAGACAGAACCAACAGCAGCUUUGCAGGAAUGCCUAAUUUCUAUGCUUGUUGCAAUAGCAAGGCAUUCCCCCACCUGUGGAAGUGCAAUCAUGAAAUGUCGAAGGCUUGUUCACACGGUUGUUCAUAGAUUCAAUGCGAAUAGCAGUGCAGAAAUUUGUUCAUCUCAGAUCAGAUCUGUUCGCCUAUUGAAGGUGUUGGCUUUAUCUGAUAAGAAGAAUUGCCAAGAGCUUUUGAAGGGUGGAAUUUUGGAAGCUAUGACAUGGCACUUAUAUCGGUUCACCUCCUCGAUUGAGCAGUGGAUAAAGUUGGGGAAAGAAAAGUGCAAACUUUCUUCGUCAUUAAUGGUGGAACAACUACAACUUUUGAAGGUCUGUGUCCAGAUUGAGUAUCCUAUAUUUAACUUCUCCGAUAUAUUUCCUGCAUUGUGCUUGUGGUUGAAUCCACCCACAUUUGAAAAGCUUGUGGAGAACAAUGUUAUUUCUGAAUUUGCUUGUGUCUCUAAGGAAGCUUACCUAGUUCUGGAGGCAUUGGCUGGGACACUUCCAAACUUUUACUCGCAGAAGAUUGGUAGCAAUCAGAUAUUAGAGCAUACUGGUAAUGACAUGGGGUCCUGGUCCUGGAGCUUUGUAGGUCCUAUGGUUGAUUUGGCUAUGAAAUGGAUAUCACUAGCAUCUAGGUUAUUUGACUGGGAAAGUGGACUAAAAGUUAACCUGGAUUUCAGAGGCUUAUCCACCGCUUCCUUCUUGUGGGUAUAUUCAGCUGUUUUUCACAUGCUUUCCAGAGUUCUUGACAAACUGAAACCAGAAGAUACCAUCAGCCUGAAUGAAAGUGAAGGAUAUUUGCCAUGGUUGCCAGAGUUUAUUCCUAAAAUUGGGCUUCAAAUCAUUAGAAAUGGGUUAUUGAGUUUCUCAGUUUCCAGGGAAGGUGAGUAUGGGGCAAAUUUUGCUGGGUGCUCCUCUUUUACUGAAAAAUUGUGUUGUUUCAGGCUGCAGGGUGAAUACGAAUCAUCGUUAGCUUCUGUCUGUUGUCUCCAUGGAAUAGUACGGGUAGCUGUUUCCCUUGAUAAGCUGAUACAGUUAGCCAAGGCUGGGAUGCAUAGUUUUCCUUCCCAAGGAUCUAAUCCUUCAAUAGAAGAAUCUAUCCUUGAGUCUGGGAUAUUGAAGGGAUCUCUGGUAGAAUUUAGAUGUCUGUUGAAUGCUUUUAUGAAGUUGGUAGCAUCAGAGUGGCAUUUGGUGCAAUCUAUUGAAAUGUUUGGCAGAGGAGGGCCUUCUCCAGGGAUGGGAAUUGGCUGGGGUGCCUCUGGCGGAGGAUUUUGGUCAAAAUCUGUUUUGUUGUCACAAACUGAUGCAAGGUUGCUUUCUCACUUGGUGAAUAUCUGUCAGAUAGUUCCUGCUAGGGAACAACUGGGAGAUGAAGAGUUGCCCUUUAUGAUGGAGGUAAUAAAUACUGCUUUAGGAAUGUGUUUAACCGCUGGGCCAAGGGAUAAGAUUGUUAUCGAGAAGGCUUUGGAUAUUUUGCUUCAGGUGCCUGCUUUGAAAUACCUUGAUCUCUGUGUUCAGCGUUUUCUCCAACUUAACCGGCGAAUAAAAUCGUUUGCAUGGGAAUAUAAAGAAACAGAUUACAUACAAUUCAAUAUCAUAUUAACUUCCCACUUUAGGAAAAGAUGGUUGUCUGUAAAGACAACAUCCAAAACUAUGGAUGGCAAUAGUUUCUUUCUGGGAACAUCAAAGAGUGGAGUUGGUUUUAUGGAGACCAUACAUGAGGAUGUAGAAACACCAAAUAUGACAAGUAAAGAUCAAUCCUGCAGUUAUAUGAUAGUUGAGUGGGCUCACCAGAGACUUCCGCUUCCAAUUCAUUGGUUUCUCAGUCCCAUCUCAACCAUUGUUGAUCAUAAAAGUUCCCAUCCUGGGGGUGCUUCUAGCUCACAAAAUCUCUUUCAAGACUCUGCUGAUGUGCUUGAAGUUGCCAAAUGUGGACUUUUCUUCCUUCUAGGCAUUGAAGCUAUGUCAACCUUUUUACCGGGUGAUGCUCCCUCUCCUAUUCGCAGUGUGCCUUUAGUUUGGAAGUUGCAUUCUUUGUCUGUUAUCUUACUAGUUGGAAUGGGUGUCCUUGAAGAGGAGAAAAGUAGUGAUAUCUAUGAAUCCUUGCAAGAGAUCUAUGGGCAAUUUCUUGAUGAAGGAAGGUUGGGUAAAAGUUCAGAACCCAUUUUAGAUCGACAGGUGAAUUUAUUUUCGGUAGAAAGUGGUAAGAACAAAAAUAUGGAGUCCCUAAGGUUUCAAUCGGAGAUUCAUGAGAGUUACUCAACAUUUAUAGAAACUCUUGUGGAGCAGUAUGGUGCUGUAUCUUAUGGCAAUUUGGUAUAUGGUCGGCAAGUUGCAGUUUAUUUGCACCGUUGUGUUGAGGCUCCUGUGCGACUUGCUGCCUGGAAUGCACUGUCUAAUGCUCAUGUUCUUGAACUUCUGCCUCCUUUGGAGAAAUGCUUCACAGCAGCUGCAGGGUACCUUGAACCCAUUGAGGAUAAUAUAGAUAUUUUAGAGGCUUAUGUGAAAUCAUGGAUUUCUGGUGCUCUUGACCGAGCUGUUAUUCGAGGAUCAGCAGCAUUUACACUGGUUCUGCAUCAUGUUUCAUCCUUCAUUUUCCUCUCUGGUGCCAGCGAUGACUUAUCCCUGCAAAAUAAGCUUGUGAAGACUCUACUGCGAGAUUACUCUCAGAAGCAGAACCAUGAGGGAAUGAUGUUGGCUCUUGUCCAAUAUAACAAGCCAUCUACAUCUCCAAAUGGGCAAAAGGAAAACUUGUUACUGCAGAAGAGUGAUAUAGAACAGAGAUUCAAUAUAUUAAAGGAUGCUUGUGAUAGAAAUUCUUCUCUUCUGAUUGAAGUGGAGAAGCUAAGGUCUGCCAUUGAGAAAGAACAGCACAGAUCCAAAACUUCUAUGUAGUGACGGAGAGAGAAGAGAAUUUGAUAUGCUCUGCACUAUUUUGCAUGAUCAAAUCCGAUGGUCAACUAUCUCUAGGAAGGGGAAAGAUCAUCCUUGUUUCCUAUGUUCAUGGGGUUAUAUACUCAAAAUGGUUGCCUUAUACAGUUGGAAGAUGCAAAUGUGCUUCUGCGAGUGAAGAAUCCAAUUGACGCCACCAGCACAAAACUUCUUCUCAGAAAGUAAAAUAGAAUUCUUAUCUGUAGUAAAUUAUGUGUAUAUAGCCAUAUGGAAGAGGAGUUGCACACUCUUGUUUUCUCCAGUCCAGAUGAGGAAAACAACUACCCUGCUCAAGAAAUUUUUUUUUCGAAUACUUGGAUUAGUUUAUAAGUUAGGACUUGACUAAUCUAUACUCAGUUAGCUGGUAAGCUGAUCUUGGUAGCAGAUGCCAUUGUCAAAUUAACUGGUGUUAAUUUGUAACUUCACGUUUGUUGUUGCAAUAUAGGAUGAAGGAAAUUGAGUUUUUCCUUAUGUUUUUGUUUGA